GUUUCUAAGAGUCCCCACAAUCCUUUGCAGGGGCAGACCGUUACCCAGGGAGCACCGCGGAGUCAGCCUUCUGACUGGCCAAGAUGGCGUUGAUGGAGGGUCCGCUCAGCGUGCUUGGUCAGAGGACCAGCGGCGAUUCUGUUCGCACGCAAAAUGUUAUGGCUGCAGCAUCAAUUGCCAAUAUUGUGAAAAGCUCUCUUGGUCCGGUUGGCCUGGAUAAGAUGUUGGUGGAUGAUAUUGGUGAUGUGACCAUUACGAAUGAUGGAGCGACUAUUUUGAAGCUUCUGGAGGUGGAGCACCCUGCUGCUAAAGUUCUUUGUGAACUGGCUGAUUUGCAGGAUAAGGAAGUAGGCGAUGGAACAACAUCUGUGGUUAUCAUUGCUGCUGAGCUGUUGAAAAGUGCUGAUGAACUUGUGAAACAGAAAAUUCACCCAACAUCUAUAAUCAGUGGCUAUCGCCUAGCUUGCAAGGAGGCAGUGCGAUACAUUAAUGAGAACUUGACAAUUAACACUGAUGAACUAGGAAAAGACUGUCUUAUCAAUGCAGCAAAAACAGCAAUGUCUUCCAAAAUCAUUGGAAUUGAUGCAGAUUUUUUUGCCAACAUGGUGGUAGAUGCUUCCCUUGCUGUCAAGUUUUCAGAUUCAAAGGGGCAAGCUCGCUAUCCAAUCAACUCCAUCAAUGUGCUAAAAGCUCACGGUCGCAGUCAGAAAGAGAGCAUCCUUGUAAAUGGAUAUGCCCUGAACUGUCGUGUGGGCUCUCAAGGAAUGUUAAAGAGAAUCAGCAAUGCAAAGAUUGCCUGCUUAGAUUUUAGUCUGCAGAAAACAAAAAUGAAACUUGGUGUUCAAGUUGUUAUCAGUGACCCUGAGAAGCUGGACCAAAUAAGACAAAGGGAGUCUGAUAUUACUAAAGAAAGGAUUCAAAAAAUUCUUGCCACAGGCGCUAAUGUUGUUUUAACAACUGGUGGCAUUGAUGACAUGUGCCUGAAGUACUUUGUUGAUGCGGGUGCCAUGGCAGUGCGCAGGGUUCUGAAAAGGGAUUUGAAGCGCAUUGCUAAGGCCACUGGAGCUACUAUUUGUUCCACACUCUGUAACCUAGAAGGGGAGGAAAGUUUUGAAGUUGCCAUGGUGGGACAGGCUGAAGAAGUGGUACAAGAAAGAAUAUGCGACGAUGAACUUAUCCUCAUUAAGAAUACUAAAGCUCGGACAUCAGCCUCCAUCAUCCUCAGAGGCGCAAAUGACUUCAUGUGUGACGAAAUGGAGCGAUCCCUUCAUGAUGCCCUCUGCGUAGUGAAGAGAGUCCUGGAGUCCAAGUCCUUGGUCCCUGGCGGUGGUGCAGUGGAGGCUGCCUUGUCGAUUUACCUUGAGAACUAUGCAACCAGCAUGGGUUCUCGGGAGCAACUGGCCAUAGCCGAGUUUGCUCGGUCUCUCCUGGUAAUUCCCAAGACCCUGGCAGUGAAUGCUGCACAAGACUCUACUGACCUGGUUGCUAAAUUGCGUGCCUUUCACAAUGAGGCACAAGUGAACCCAGAACGAAAAAAUCUCAAGUGGUAAGUUGUGACACUUUCUGUACAG